UCUCGCCCUCAGCCUCUGGUCUCGCUUUAUCAUGGCCAAAUUCGUAAUCGCGGGUAGAGCAGAUUGUCCAUAUUAUGCCAAAGCAGAACUUCUAGGAGACUAUUUACAAAAGAAUCUUCCUGAUUUUCGGAUUUAUAAAAUUACACAACAUCCUGAUAUUUGGGAGGAGUGGCUGAGAGGUGUGUGUGAAAAGAAUAAGUGGAGUCACAAAACAUCUCCCAUCAUCUGGAGAGAGCUGUUGGAUCGUGGUGGAAAGGGCUUGCUUUUGGGAGGAUAUAAUGAAUUCCUAGAGCAUGCCCAGCUUUACUAUGGAGUCACCUCUAGCAUGUCAACUCAGCUGAUGAUGGUGAUUGCUAAGGAGAACCUGAAGGCACAUACUGAAAAAGAGGUGGAGGAAGAAUCCCUAAAAGAUCUUGUCAGCCCCUUGCAGGUCUGGAUCACCAGUGCAACUGCUCCUGCCUGCUACCACCUCAUUCCCAUACUGACAAGUGGAGAAGUGUUUGGGAUGCAGACGGAAAUCAGCCUGGUGCUACUGGGCAGCAAGCACGUGGAAGAACGUCUCAAAGCCCUGGUGAUUGAGGCGGAGGACCUAGCGUCACCUCUGCUCCGCAAGGUCUCCGUCUGCACCAAGGAGGAGGAGGCCUUCCUCGGCGCCCAAGUCGUCAUCGUUCUGGAUGACCACAUGGACGGGGAGGUGUACACUUUGGAGGACUGCCUCCGCAGCAGGGUGCCCCUCUGCCGACGCUACGGGGGCCUGAUGGAGAAAAACGCCCACGCCUCUGUCAGAGUUAUUGUGGGAGGCAAAAGCUUCGUGAACCUUAAAACCGUCUUGCUUAUGAAAUUCGCCCCAAACAUCGCGCGCAACGUGAUUGCAGUGGCGAUGGGCGUGGAAGGUGAAGCUAAAGCUGCGCUGGCCAGAAAAUUGAGAACAACACCUGCCUACAUCAAAGAUGUGAUAAUUUGGGGUAAUAUCAGUGGAAAUAACUACAUUGAUCUGAGGAAAGCUAAGGUAUACAACUAUAAGAGUGCCAUUUGUGGACCUCCUCAUUACUCUCAGCCUGUUUUAAGCUUGAUUUUUGACAGUGAGUGGGUAAAAAAAGAAUUUGUGGAAACUCUGAAAACUUUGAGUGUCACAGGAAGACACUUCGGAGGCAUUUUAGCUGCGCACAGUAUAGCCACCACAUUGAAAUACUGGUACCAUGGUUCACCACCUGGGGAGAUUGUGUCUUUAGGAGUAUUGAGUGAAGGCCAAUUUGGUAUUCCUGAAGGGAUUGUCUUUUCCAUGCCUGUGAAAUUUGAGAAGGGAACUUGGGUAGUUCUUACAGAUCUCAAAGAUAUUGAAAUAAGUCAACAAGUAAUGACCAGAAUGACAAAUGAUCUGAUUCAGGAGAAACUUGUUGCACUUGGAGACCUGCCAACUUUUCAGUCAUAUAAAUCAGAAACUGAUUUAUCCAAAAGACAUGAAGAAUUCAUUGUACCCCAUAUAGAUGACCACCAAGAUGAGCAAAGAGUCUCAGAUGUUUCAGAACAUAAAGAUAGUAUGUAUUCUGAUUUAGUCGCAGAUGAAGAAAAAGACCUGGCUAUGUCAGAUGUGGAUUUUUUGGAUGUGAUUCCUCAAACUACCUCUGAAAAACUUCUUCAAGAAUCCAUCAAUGACUCUGAAGGCUAAACUAUGAAACACUAGCAGAUCAACUUGGACCAAAUAUAAACUCAUUUAGUAAUACAAUAAGGGUUGAAAGACCCAUGGAUGUCUGUAUCUGUAUUUACAGCAGAAUAAUUUGAAGGAUUUACUUCAG